AUAUUAGCAUUCAUAAUGGCAGUUAAGCAGUGCCAAUUAGUAAAGGUUGUGUCUGGAGAAGAAUCUGGCCAAGAAUCAGGAUCUGAAUCAGACAAGAAUUCUGGUUCAGGUUCUGAUAAUGAGUCAAAGAGCAGUGUGUCGUCAAAGUCUGCCUCCAGAUCAGGCUCAGGUACAGCCUCAGGUUCUGAUAGUGAGUUUGAUUCCAGUUCUUCGGGGUCAUCCAAAUCUGGAUCUGGCAGUGGUAGUGCAUCAGACUCAGAUAAAUCUUCUCCAGAGAAAAGUAGCGACCCAGUUCCAUCUAAAAGCAGUCAUGGCAAGCCUCGACAGUCUGCUUCUGAUCUUAAGCAGGUAAAGAAGAGUGCCUCUUCAGCAAGCAAUCAAAAAACAGAGUGCUGGGAGGACAACCCAGAUGUAUAUGGGAUUCGACGAUCAGGUCGCCCAAGAAGGGAACCUGAGAGGCUGAAUGCAGCAGAGAGUGACUCUAGUGAAAGAGGAAAACAGAAAGUUGUUCCAAAGAAGUCUUCAAAGAGGUCAGGCACUUGGAAUUCAGAUUCAUCAAAUUCAGACUCUGAAGAAGAAAUUGAGAGACCACCUCCAAGUAAACCACCUGCGAGGAAGGGUACAUCAUCUAAGCCAAGGCAUAAAGUUGAAAGUAAGAAAGUAUCACGUCGGAAAUACAGCGAAUCAUCAGAUGACUCUAGCUUCAACAGUGAUGAUGACAAUGAAAGCCGCAGGCAUGCAAAUCGUCGUGCAGCAGCCACGGUAAGCUACAAAGAAGAUAGUGAUGAGGACAAAACAGGCUCAGAUGAUCUUGUAGAAGUGGAAUGGAAUGAAGCAGACACUCCAGCUGAACCAGAUAAUGCAGAAACCAUUGAAAAAUUACUUUCCUAUCGACGUGGGAAGAAAGGAGUGACUGGAAAUAUUACAACUAUUUAUGCUGUAGAGGAAAAUGGUGACCCUAACAAAGAUUGUGAUCCAGAAGAUCUUGAAAAUACAGAAACGCAGUACCUCAUAAAGUGGAAAGGAUGGUCACACAUACAUAACACUUGGGAAUCUGAAAAGUCACUCAAAGAUCAAAAAGUGAAGGGUCUCAAGAAGCUCGAAAACUUUGUGAAGCGUGAGGAGGAGCUUUCGGCAUGGAAGCAUCAUGCAUCACCAGAAGAUAUUGAUUACUUUGAGUGUCAGCUGGAGUUGCAGAAUGAAUUGCUCAAGAGUUACAACCAUGUUGAAAGGAUUAUAGCUGAAUUUGUUAAACCAGAUAGUGCUCAUCCUGACUAUUACAUCAAGUGGGAGAGUUUGCCAUACGCUGAAGCCACGUGGGAAGAUGGUUCCAUUAUUGAAAAGAAAUGGCCAAAAAAAAUUAAAGAAUUUCGGGAUCGGGAAGAAUCUAAGCGAACGCCCUCAAAACACUGCCGUGUUUUGAGGCAUAGGCCAAAGUUUGUUCAGGUGAAAAGUCAGCCUGAGUACAUGGGUGGUGAUCAGGUUUUAGUACUACGAGAUUACCAGCUGGAUGGACUUAACUGGCUUAUACAUUCUUGGUGUAAAGAAAACUCUGUAAUUCUUGCUGAUGAAAUGGGUCUGGGAAAGACUAUACAGACAAUAUGUUUGCUUUAUUACUUAUUCCAUAACCAUCAGCUGUAUGGUCCAUUCCUUAUUGUGGUGCCCCUGUCUACAAUGACUUCUUGGCAGCGAGAGUUCUCUCAGUGGGCACCAGAAAUGAACAUAGUCACAUAUCUUGGAGAUAUUAACUCUCGGAACAUCAUUCGACAAUUUGAAUGGUGCUACAGUGGAUCCAAAAGACUCAAAUUUAAUGCAAUUCUCACUACCUAUGAAAUUGUAUUAAAAGACAAAGCUCUCCUGGGUAGUCUGAGCUGGGCCGCUCUGUUAGUGGAUGAGGCUCAUCGCCUAAAGAAUGACGACUCCCUCUUAUACAAGGCAUUGAUGGAGUUUGACACAAAUCAUCGUUUGCUCAUCACUGGCACACCUUUGCAAAACAGUCUGAAGGAAUUAUGGAGUCUGCUACACUUCAUCAUGCCUGACAAAUUUUCUUCAUGGGAAGAAUUUGAAAAAGAGCAUGAAAAUGCAGCACAGAGAGGGUAUUCUAAGUUGCACAAACAGCUUGAGCCAUUCAUCAUACGUAGAGUUAAGAAGGAUGUUGAGAAGUCACUGCCUGCGAAGGUCGAACAGAUACUACGUGUAGAAAUGACAGCACUUCAGAAGCAGUAUUACAAGUGGAUCCUUACAAAAAAUUACAAUGCAUUGAGGAAAGGUGUGAAAGGUUCUUCAACAACUUUCCUGAAUAUUGUGAUUGAAUUGAAGAAGUGCUGCAAUCAUGCUUUUCUGACAAAACCCGUGGAUUUUGAUCAGAGGCCAUCUCCUGAAGAACAUAUUCAGCAGGUGAUCAGAGGAUCGGGGAAACUCGUGUUGCUUGAUAAAUUGUUGGUUCGAUUGCGUGAGACAGGCCACCGAGUGCUAAUCUUCUCUCAGAUGGUUAGAAUGUUGGACAUACUGGGUGAAUAUUUACAGCAUCGUCACUUUCCCUUCCAACGGUUAGACGGUAGUAUUAAAGGUGAACUCCGAAAGCAGGCAUUGGACCAUUUUAAUGCCGAUGGUUCUCAGGACUUCUGUUUCUUGUUGUCAACAAGAGCUGGAGGUUUGGGUAUCAACUUGGCUACUGCUGACACUGUUAUCAUCUUUGAUUCUGACUGGAACCCACAGAAUGAUUUGCAAGCUCAGGCUAGGGCACAUAGAAUUGGACAAAAGAAUCAGGUGAACAUUUAUCGUCUUGUGACGCGCAGUUCGGUUGAAGAAGAGAUUGUGGAACGUGCAAAACAAAAGAUGGUAUUAGAUCACUUGGUGAUUCAACGUAUGGAUACAACAGGCAGAACUGUGUUGGACAAAAAGAGUGCUAGUAGUACAACUCCAUUCAAUAAGGAAGACUUGACUGCUAUCCUUAAGUUUGGAGCAGAAGAGUUGUUCAAAGAUGAAGAAGAUGGAGAUGAAGACCCAACGUGUGACAUUGAUGAGAUUUUACGGCGAGCAGAAACUCGCGAUGAUGCUCCCGCUACAGUUGGUGACGAGCUUCUUUCAGCAUUUAAAGUGGCGAGUUUUGCGGCUUUUGAAGAGGACAAGGAAGUUCCUAGCACGGAGCAGGAACCCGAUGAUGAGAGUAAAGACUGGGAUGAGAUCAUUCCUGAGAACUUUCGCAAGAAGGUUGAAGAGGAAGAACGCCAAAAGGAAAUGGAUGACUUGUACUUGCCACCUCGCAGCCGUAAAACAUUACAGCAAAUCAACCAAUCCGAUAGUGACGGUGAAGGAGGUGGUAGAGGAAUGAAACGAAGAAAGAAAACUGAAGAAUCUGAUUCAACCGAGGAAGGAAGUGAUGAAGAGAGACCAAGGAAGCGGGGACGACCCCGUGUCACUCCUCGUGAGAAUAUUAAGGGAUUUACAGAUCAGGAAAUCCGCCGGUUUGUGAAGAGUUUCAAGAAAUUUUCUGCGCCAUUAAAGCGCUUGGAAGCUGUAGCAUGUGAUGCAGAGCUACAGGAAAAACCACUAGCAGAACUGCGCCGGCUGGGAGAACUGUUGCGAGAGCGAUGCGCAAGUUCCAUGACAGAACAGCAAGCACAAAAGGAGAACGAGUCUACACAUAAUGAAGACAGUAAUCUCUCUGGCCCUGCUCAGAAACGACGUGGGCGCGGGCCGUCCUUCAAGCUAGCGGGGGUGUCCGUAAAUGCGAAGAGUCUGUUGGCAUCUGAGAAAGAGUUGGAAGUACUUGAUGAGGUCUUACCAGAAGAUCCUUCUGAGAGACUGAAGUGGGUCCUUGAUGCAAGGGUGAAGCCAGCCAAUUUUGAUGUGCCUUGGGACAUAGAGGAUGAUUCUAAAAUAUUACAAGGUAUAUAUCAGUAUGGAAUAGGCUCGUGGGAAGCAAUAAAGAUGGAUCCAUCACUUGGAAUUAGUGAUAAAAUUCUUGCAAAUGAAGAUAAAAAACCUCAAGCAAAACAUCUUCAGACAAGGGCUGAGUACCUACUGAAAGUGCUACGUAAACAUUUGGAUAAUAAGAGCGGUGUGGCAAAACCAAAGCGUCAGCGUAAAACACGCGAGGCUAAGGCAAUUCUGACGAAAGAAAUCAUUGAAGAUGACCUUACAUCAGGAGAUGAGAAUACCAACAAUACUGCAGCAUCUUGCAGCACUCUAGCUCCUCCAAAACGACCGCCCAAACCCAAACUUGAAAAAGUCAAGGUCAAGACUGAAGGAGAUGCAGAGGAGCCAAAGAGUGAUACUCCUGAAGACAAGGAUAAGGAUGACAUUUCAAACAAAGAGGAAUUUCGCAAAGAGAAGAAGAAGUUGAAGAAAGAGAAAAAGGAAUCUAGGAAGAAGAAGAAACCAACUGGACCAAUGCAUUUCACAGCCAACAGUGAACCUCGAGCACUUGAAAUCAUUGGAGAUUUGGAACCUUCUAUUUUUAAUGAGUGCAAGGAGAAGAUGCGUCCUGUUAAGAAAGCUCUGAAGGCUUUAGACAACCCUGAUCAAAGUCUCACAGAGCAAGAACAAGUAAAUCAUACUAGGCAGUGUUUAUUGCAGAUUGGUGAUCAGAUUAAUAGAUGUCUGUCUGAAUACAAGGAUCCUGACAAAAUAAAAGAAUGGAGGAGUAACCUGUGGUAUUUUGUAUCUAAAUUCACUGAGUUUGAUGCAAAAAAGUUAUUCAAGUUAUACAAACAUGCUGUAAAAAAGGAUCAGGAUAAGAAAGGACCAGAGAAGAUGGUAAAAGUAGAUAAGGGAGAUGAUGAAAUUAAAACAAGUGAGUCAAAAGAGGGUAACCAUAAUCGAACACUAAAUAAGCGGCGUAUUGAUGAAGAAAAGGAAUCUGAAAAGGAUGCAUAUGCGACACCUAUUAAAAGGCCAUAUGUACAAAUGGAUUCAAGGUUAGUUAAGAAUGUUCGAAAUCGUGAUAAGGAGGAACGUGGGCAUGACAAGGAGCGAAGUAAAAAAUCAAGUAAUGAUCCUAGAAUUGAUCACUCAUCGCGAGAACGCAUUAAGGAUAGUGGACGUAUUCACAAAGAUAGUGGAGGUAACUUGCCUCUAACACCAACACAUCAGCGAAUGAGAGAUGGUAAUGGACCUUCAACUCCUUUACGUAGUGUCGGGCAAACUACUACUACUUCAUAUGUUGCAAGGCAUGAGUUUAUUGCUGGAGGAGAUGGAAGAACCACGACUAGCCCACAUGGAAGACACAGUGGACCAAACCAGAAUGAUGGAGUUGGUGACCGAUGGUCUAGUGGUCAAGUUAGAGAAAGAUUUAAUGUUGACCACAAGAGAGAUAGGUUUGAUAAUUAUCAACGCCAGCCAGGUUCUGGUUAUCAUCGAGACAGAGACAGAAAUCAUCGCAUGUUGGACAAAAGAAGAUUUCAUCAGGGUCCAACAAAUUACGGUCAUUAUGGACCACCAUUUGGGUCAGCUCCUGUUUACCCUUCAGCGGAAAUGCAACCUCAUUUUCCACGAGAGAGGUUUCCAGGGCCACCGAUGGGUGCUGCUGGUUCUGGUGGGCCAGGAAGUGGAUUUCAAGAUUGGCGGGGGAACAAAGAGAGGGACUAUCGCAGAGAUUAUGAUAGGAGACCACCUCCCACAAAUUCAUAGUAGUGCUACAAAUUGUGUGAAUGCAACUGUGUGUUGUGCUUCGUGAAUUAUUUCCACUGUACAUAGUCGUGUAGAUUGUGGAUAUAAUCUUGUGUACAGAUACUAGUAACUGAUAUGCUGUAAGAUAUCCUGUGAAAUGUGCUUUCUAGAAAUGUUUUCAGCAGAUAUUAUUGUAUAAAGGUGUUGGUUUGUGAACUAUAUAUUUUGUUCUUAGCUGAAACUGAAAGAAAAUCAUGAGAUUUAAUUGACAUUUGAGAAAUACUGUAAGAAUAUAGUAAGUAUUCUGUGCUAAUAUUAGAACUUUCUGUACAGCUAUAAUAUUUGUUAAAAUGCAGAGAUACUAUAACAAAAGAAGGAAAGCUUAGAAAUCAUGUCUGAAAGCACUGAACAGUUUUAUAUUUCUGUUCGCAGAAGGUACUUACACUGAAUUCAGUGGAGUGUUUAAGAUGAGAAUUCAUCAUAAUAGUGAAUAAUGAUUUUCUUUUCAUCACUGGUGAGACUUAAGUUGUGUGUGGCUUGUGAUGAUUUUAUUUCUUUAGUGAAUGCCAAAGGGUUUCCAGUCGUACUUUCAAGCUCUUCCCUACUUCAUACUGUCAUUUAGUGUACUAUUACAAUCUGUAAAUCAGAUUUAUAAUGUAAACUACUUUAUACAUAAUUCUUAUAGUGUUUCUUACUCUGUUCUCUGAGAGUUUGUCAAGAUUUUGACAUUUUAUAUUCCUAUCCUUGACCCCUUCUCAAAAUAUGAAUCUUCUGUUUAUUUUUAGCAGACAAGUGGAUACUUACAUCUGAACAAGACAGAGACUUCUUAUUUAUCAUAAAUGAUUCAUCAGUCAAAUCGUGAUAGACUCUGAGUUUGGUAAAAGAAGGCAAAGCAAUUUUUAAAUUUAUUAAGCUAUGUAGAUGGCAAAAGUAUAAUAUAUUUAUUUUCAAUAAAGUAUAUAAAUUAUGUGACAGACAAUGGAUAUAAUGUAUAACACAGACAAGUGGAGUUAUAAUGUCUAGUCAGUUGAAGUUUAAACAUGAAGUAUGAAAUUUAAAAUAAAAUACAUUUUAUAUUAAUUAUUUUAAGGCUAUAACAUGAUAUGGUAUAAUUUUUUCUUCCAGUACAUUCUCAGAACUAAGGAGAAAUAAUCUUCAUCUUGAAAAAUGGAUGUAUAUAUUUGAAUAAGAGUAAAAGACACUAGCUAGUAAUAAACAGCAUAACAGAUAUUCAACAUUAUAAUAUUAAAUAAACUAAUGUUUAUAUUCAAUCAUAAUGUUACAUUGUUACCAUCAAUAUACAACUGUUUUAUUAGCAAAUACAACCAAGCAAUUAAAAUUGUUAAUAUUUUUAA